AUGCUUUUUGACCCUGUGGCUGCCUCUGUCUGCUGCACCUGCACCACCUGGAGCUCAGGAGUCUGGUCUGAAGGUGAAUCACCCAGCAUCCUUUGCGGUGCGUCUGAACGGAGCGCAGGGCAAGAUGGAGGCCAAAGUCCACAGUCCCUCCGGAGCUCUGGAGGAGUGUGUGGUGACCGAGCUGGAAAAAGACAAGUACGCUAUCCGGUUCAUCCCGCGAGAGAACGGAAUCCACACCAUCGACGUGAAGUUCAACGGCUCUCACAUCCCGGGAAGUCCUUUCCAGGUCCGGGUCGGAGAGCCGGGACAGACCGGAGAGCCCGGCCUGGUGUCGGCAUACGGAUCGGGGCUGGAGAGAGGAACCACAGGUAGCCAGUCAGAGUUCAUCAUUAACAACACUAAGGCGGGGCCCGGGGCCCUUGCAGUGACCAUCGAGGGGCCAUCUAAAGUGAAGAUGGACUGUAAGGAGGUUCCUGAGGGCUACAAGGUGCACUACACCCCCAUGGCUCCUGGAAACUACCUGAUCAGCAUUAAAUACGGAGGACCCAACCACAUCACCGGCAGCCCCUUCAAAGCCAAGGUCACAGGCGCUCGGCUGGUGAAUGUGACCAACGCCAGCGAGACGUCCACCCUGACAGUGGAUCCAGCGGUCAGGUCCAGCAGCAGCUUCUCCCAGAGUGCUUUGCCCCGGCUCACAGACUCUGAUGCCAGCAAGGUGUCGAGCCGCGGCCCCGGCCUCAGCAAGGCCUUCGUGGGCCAGAGGAGCAACUUCUCUGUCGACUGCAGCAAGGCCGGUAAGAACAUGCUCCUGGUGGGGGUGCUCGGCCCCCUGGUCCCCUGUGAGGAGGUUCUGGUCAAACAUCUGGGCAACCUGCAGUACAACGUGAGCUACAUGCUGAAGGAGCGGGGGUGCUACAUCCUGGUGGUGAAGUGGGGCGACGACCACAUCCCAGGCUCCCCCUUCCAAGUCAACGUCCCCUGAGGCAACCAAUAAAAACACACCGUCACUCCUCCUGAACCAUUUUGCAUCCCUGUUUGAGUGGAAACACUCUACUGCAGAUAAUCAUCCAAUAAACAACUUGCUUUACAAAGUUAAAGGGGUACACUUUGCCUUCAGAUGUGUUCAUUUCAAAUCACAAGUAUAUCUGACACAAUUGAUUUACUUGGUAAAAACUAAACUUGAUAAAGGAGAGGAAAGUGUUAAACACUUGUUUUAAACUAAAAUGUUAAGGAACAGAAGUGAACACAUCCAUGAAUGUAAGUUGGACCAUUUUUGUGCAGUGAAUCAGGGAAGCAAAAAGGUUAAAUAAAAUAUAAUCUGACCUAAAACUGGAGUCAAAAUGAUCUGAUUUGGAAAGAUAACUAUCAUCUGUAGAUUUUUGCUGACCUGAAAUUGACAAAUUGUGCACUUGACGAUGAUUGGUAAAUUAAGACGGCUUGACAUUAGUUGGUGAGAACACAAAAUGUUUCCAAAGUGUUAAAACUAGAUUUGGGCUCAGAAAGGUGGAGUCAAACUUGGACAAGAUGACUGGAAUUACACAGCAAUUGCUUGAGUUUACACAGUACCAGGAGCAAAAUGAAAAUGAGACAUACGGUAUAUUUAACCUGGACUUCUGAAUCCUAUCAUUUUAUCUGACCAGUCAGUUGCCUUUUCAACAAAAUGGAGUGCUGUGGAUUUAAAAAAUGAUUUAACAUCUCAAUUUUAAGAACUGGAAUUAUGUUUCUUUAAAGCACUCGAUGCGACAGGAAGCGUCGAACUGUAAACGACUACUGAUGUUUAUUAUUGAUUUAUAGCUCCCACAAUCCCUAAAGUACAUAAUGUUGCCACUUCUACUACUUUAUUAUGUGCUUCAUCUGUGGGUUAAUCUCUUUGCUGUAUUUUUCACAUGAAAAGAUCUGACUCUGUUCCUCGGAUCUGACCAGUGUUUCUGUGUUCGAUUGUACUGCAAAGUCAAUCAGUGCAUAAAUUGCAAAAAUAUUACUCUACAAUCAGAUCUGAGCUGUCUUUAUGUCCCCGAUGUUGUUGCCUAAUCAUUGAUACUUUUGAUACUUAAGGGAUGAGAGGAUUUUUGUAUUGUGGGAAAAAAUGACUUCUUGUUUUUUUUAUUAUUAGGGAUUGGGUGUUUAAUGUGAAACUAAACCCUGAGAUGAUGUACAUUUGAUCAUUAAAAUCAGCUGGAACUAAG